UGUCACGCGUUUGCCGGCAGGGUUCGGGACAGGGCGGGCGGGUAGAGCAGGAGCAGGGGCAGGGGAAAGAGCAUGGCGUCUUUAGACACUGUUGCAGCUAUAGCUUGUGUAUGUGGGCUUUUGUCUGUGGCCGGGUGUGUGGUGAACCUCCUCGCCUUUGGCGUGGUGGUGCGGAGAAGGUCGCCGACGUCGCGGUUGCUGGUGGCGCUGACGGCGGCUGAUCUGGGCCAGGCUGUGUUCUUUGCACUCGCACCUCUGCAGCUGCAGCGGCAUCCGGACACGGUGGCGUGCACCAUUCAAGCUGCAGCCGGCAUGUUGACCGCCUGUGCCUCUUUUCUUUGGACUCUCUGCAUCGCAGGCUACGUGUUCUGGGUGGCCAAGGCGGCAGGCUCGGCCACGGCUUCAAACUCGGCCCGCAGAUCCGUCGUCGUCUUCUCCCACAUCGUCUCGUGGGGUUAUCCAGCGCUCUUUCUCGUCGCUCUCUUUGUGGCUCAUCCGCACAUGGUCUUUGCCGAUCCAGUCGUUCCGUGGUGCUUCAUCCCGCGGAGCCACCCGUUCUGGCGCAUGGCCUCGGUCUACUUUCCGCUUGUUGUCUGCUGGCUGGCGACGGCGGUGCUGUACUGCGCGGCGCGGGCCCAGCUCCGCGCGCGAGUCCAUCGUAAUCAACACUACGCCAAGUUUGCCGCCAUUCCGCUCGGCUUUAUUGUCCUGCGGGUGUGGGGCAUGGCUUUUCGUCUUGCCGAGUUCUCUGCGUCCGAGCCAGCAACGUCGCCGCAGACCGAAUGGCUGCUGUAUCUCACCGUGAUCGGCGACCCGCUGCAGGGCGCGUACAACUGUGUGGUCUUUGUCCUCGCCUCUCCGCCAGUCCGGGCAGCGCUCGUCGACUACGCCAGGACCGGCAAGGUCUCGCAAGUCAACAACGAGGUUGGCAGCUCGACACUGGCCACACCCAAGUCUGCGCUCCUCUCGCCAACUCCAUCGCUCCGGCGGUCGCGCCUCCGCUCCGGUCCGGGCUCACCGCCGAUAGGCCUCGCCCCUGGCCGCACGGCAGGCUCGGGCACCAUCUCAAGCUCUCCCACCGGCUACCGCAUCAUCGCAAAAUCCCCUGGCAGCGGCAGUGGCAGUGGCAGCAGUCCAGAUGGGGCUUGUAGAGGUCUGGGCGUGGAGAGGGAGGGCGUGUAGCCGAAACGAAAUAUCCCGGUGGAAA